AUGGCGGAGGCAAAGCCUUCAACUGAGGACAUGGGGGAGUAAGAAGGAAAGAGAAUAGAUAAAGUGCCUAUUGGACAGGAUAGCAGUGAGAUUCACUUUAAAGUGAAAAUGACUACAAGUCUCAAGAAAGUUAAAGAAUCUUCAAGUCAAAGACAGGGAGUUCCAGUGAAUUCACUCAGGUUUCUCUUUGAAGGUCAGAAAAUUGCUGAUAAUCACAUUCCAAAAGAACUGGGAAUGGAGGAAGAAGAUGUCAUUGAAGUUUAUCAGGAACAAACAGGGAGUCAUUCAAAGGUUUAG